AUUUAGCAAUUAGCAUACAUAACAUCGAAUUAAAAAGCAUAUCAUGUGAUUCAUUGGUGAUGAAUAUACUCCUGUGAACUGGUAAAGAAGAAGUAAUGGCAACCAACCAGAAGGAGUGGACUGAUUGGGUGGGAGAGUUAUUCCCCCCUGCUGUAGAUGUGACUGUGAAGGACUUGCUUGGCGAAAAGACGCCCGAGGAGGAAACUGUGAUCAAGGCUCGUAUUAAGCAUGUGUCUGCAUUUAAUCCUGAGGCGAUUCGUCAGGUGUAUGAGAGAGUGCACCUCAUGUCUGUCAUGGACGAGGAGAUGAAGUCGCAGCAGCGAUUAAAGACAGAAAAACAAGCAACAACAGUCUCUUCAGAUGGAGAAACAUCCAAAGAGAAACCUCAGAAGAAAACGGUAGAAGUAGAACUGGACAAUUCAUGUAUAUGGGACUCCGAGGAAAUCAGUAUUCUCCGAGAGGCAUUCAAAUCUGUCAAAGAAGAGAAUGUUCGACUUACGGGCAGAAAUAAAGAACUAGAGAAGAGGAACCUAUAUCUAGAGACUCGUAUGGGAAAGCUUUCUGGGGAGGUGGAAACCAAAGCUGUUAAAAUAACAGACAUUAACAAAGCAAACAGUCGUAUGAAAAUCCACUGUGAAAAAUUGCAAGAUGAACUUGACCAUGCUAAUGCACGGCUCACAGCAAUGGAGGAAAUCUUCUCGGAGAUCAGUGCAGAAAAGUCUGCAAUGGUGAAAGAAGUGCAUGAACUUCGUGUACAAAGAGACAAAGACAGAAUGGACAAAGGACGUCUAGAAUUGAAUUUAGAGUCCGUCCAAAAUGCAGCUGAAAGUGAGAAAUUAGCUGCCGAGGAAAGUGUUAAAAUACAAUGUCAGAUAGAAAUAAUGGAGCUACAGAAGCGUGUGGCUGAGUUGACAGCAGAUCUAGCCAAUGAGAGACGAGUUCACGGUGUAACAAAACGAGGUCUAGAUCAUUUAAGACAACAUUUUGCUAGUCUACCUCUCUCUAAUAUAAUACCUCCUAAUUCUGUUCGAACAGAUCAGGUAUCAAAAUUCAAAUAUUGAUCAAAGUUUAAACCCUUAUUUAUAACUACAGUGUAUUUCAGGUAAAAUUGUUAUAAGAGUCCUUUGCUUGAGCUCACUAGCUAUAUUCACCCAUGAAAAGUAGUUUGAAGGCUUAGAAUUACCUCACUUGUUUAGGUGUUCUCUGCUAACUCUUACAGAAUGCAUUCAUUUCUCUUCAGCUACCUAGGUAAACUUCAAUUUAAAAAAGUUAAACACAGUUAAAAAAAAUGAAAAUUUCAGCCAUAUUGCAUUACAUCAUACAUAAGGGAGGCAAAGAGAGUAAGGCUAUGUAACUUUUGUAUGAAGAGAAGCACAUCUUUAGUCUUAGUGGGCGUGUCUUCUAUCAUAGGUCAAUCAGUCUUACAAUAGGAAACAGAUUAAUGUAGAAGUAGAAAAGUGUUAAUUUCAUUGCCAAUAGGAUGAACAUUGUGUCCGAGUUCAUUUGUGUAUGAAUGUUAAGUCUAGGCCAGUGUGCUUAAUUUAGUUCUGAAAUCCGAGAUAUUUAAUCUUAACAUAAAUAAAUUGACAUGAAGCAGAAAACUUCAAUAACUGAUACAUUAUUGUUGUUAUUACAGAUGUAUUUUUAAAUUAGAAUUUCCAGUAUAUAAAGAA